AUGUCGGCUGCCGUCUCGUCCAUCGUCUCGGCCGCUGCCACGACGCUGUCUUCGCCCGCAGCGACUUCCACCACCCGCGCAUCGAGUCAAGGUGGCAUCAUCGAUGGAGCAAACCCCACGAAAUACAACCCCAAGGACCCCAUCAUUCUAUUUAUUGUCCAGGCGGUGCUGAUCGUCAGUGUCUGUCACAUCCUGCAUUGGCCCUUGUCCAAGAUUCGACAACCCCGUGUCAUUGCUGAGGUCGUUGGCGGAAUUCUCCUCGGUCCCUCGGUCAUGGGACGUGUUCCUGGCUUCCGACAAACCAUCUUUCCCGACGCCUCAUUACCCAACCUUUCCACUGUCGCAAACCUGGGCUUGAUCUUGUACUUGUUCCUCAUUGGACUCGAGACCGAUGUGCGAUUCUUGAUCAGCAAUUGGCGAGUCGCAACUUCUGUUGCUGUCGCCGGCCUGGCUAUUCCUUUUGGCGUUGGCUGUGCCUUGGCAUACGGCGUAUAUCGGGCAUUUCAUGAUGACCAGGGCUUGGUCCCCAUCAAAUUUGAAGUCUACAUGCUCUUCAUCGGUAUUGCAGUUGCCAUCACGGCUUUCCCGGUCCUGUGUCGUAUCUUGACGGAGCUCAAGCUUCUUGAUACCAACGUCGGCGUCAUCACCCUCUCGGCUGGUGUUGCAAAUGAUGUUGUCGGGUGGAUUCUCCUUGCCCUGUGUGUGGCGCUUGUCAACGCUGGUUCAGGUCUCAAUUCCCUUUGGAUCUUGCUCACAGCCUCUGGGUUCAUGCUUCUCCUUCUCAUCGUCGUGAAACCGGCUCUGUUCUGGCUGCUGCGCCGCAAUGGAAGCCUCGAGCAUGGCCCAUCGCAGAGCAUCAUCUCGCUCAUUCUGCUGAUUGCCCUUGCAUCCGCCUUUUUUACUGGCAUCAUUGGUAUUCACCCCAUUUUCGGAGGCUUCAUGACCGGACUUGUCAUUCCUCGCCAAGAUCGAUUCAACAUUCGUGUUACCGAGAAGCUUGAGGAUCUUAUUGGUGCCUUGUUCUUGCCCCUUUACUUCACCCUCUCCGGGCUGAAUACGAAUUUAGGACUGCUUGAUUCCGGAGCGGCCUGGGGAUAUGUCUUCGCCACCACAUUUGCCGCAUUCUUUUCCAAAAUCAUCGGCGCCUCCCUGGCAGCUCGAUUUAGUGGACUAGUUUGGAGGGAAUCCUUCACCAUUGGUGUGCUCAUGAGUUGCAAGGGUCUUGUUGAACUCAUUGUGCUGAAUAUUGGAUUACAAGCCAACAUUUUGAGCACCAGAACAUUCACCAUCUUCGUCGUCAUGGCUCUUCUCACCACGUUUGCCACAACGCCCAUAGUAUCCGUGCUGUACCCGCCUUGGUACCAGCGCAAGAUUGCCGCAUGGAGACGGGGAGAGAUCGACUGGGACAGUGGUGCGCCCGUUUCCUCCGCAUCCAGCUCCGAAGGCUCCAAGGGUGAAGGCGGCCCAGGCCUUGAGAGAGUCAGCCGCCUACUGGUCUACCUCCGUCUCGACAACAUGCCUUCUCUGCUGCGUCUUCUUUCCAUGUUUGGCGACCCCUCGACACCAAGCCACACCGCUGCACCGUCAGAUACGGGAACCGACGGAAUUCGUGACGCUCCUACUACAUCCGUCCCCCGGGACAAGGCUGUCUGGGCCCAUGGUAUCCGACUCCUUCAGCUCACUGAUCGUGACUCCUCGGUCAUGACAGUGGCCCAAGUUGACGAUUAUAGCCGUCACGACCCUGUAGUCAACACUUUCCGGACCGUGGGACAGCUGCACAACCUCUCGGCAUCCGGUGAAGUCGCCAUCAUGCCCGAAACCCGAUUCGCAGAGGCUCUCAUCGCCAAGUCUUACAAGAUGGCCUCGGAUCUUCUCCUUGUUCCUUGGACCGAAACCGGGGACAUGAGCGAUUCACAAAUUGUAUCAUCUACCAGUAUCAACGACAAGAUCAGUUCCUCGUACGGAUCAUUUGUGAAGUCGGUAUUAGAAUCACACGACCGCAACGUGGCCGUCUUUUUCUCCCGCAGCGACCCCGUCGCUGUAGACAAAGCUAAGAGCGAAGAGCGUGCCAGACUCAUGCGCCAGUGCUCAUCUGGCGCAUUGAAGGAAGAUUUACAGGUUGCUCCGGGAUCCAACGAACCAUAUCACAUAUUCCUCGUCUACUUGGGCGAUGAAGACGACAGGCUCGCUCUCCGUCUUGUCAUUCAGUUGUGCGAGAAGUCCAAGGCAACAGCCACUAUUCUCCGCGCCCGUUCCUCGGUAGGAGCGUCCAACGCAGUCGGGGACGCUCUGUUCGAAGGAGUCCUGUCUCAAUUACCCGAGUCGGUGGCAUCUCGAGUAAGUUUCAGGACAGAAGCGGGUUCAUCUAGCGUCGAAGAGCUCCUCCAGUACGCAACGGCAGAAACCAAAUCCGGCGUUGCCGAGUCCAAAGCUGGUCCGAAGCUGGUCGUCCUUGGCCGCAGGGUGACCGCCCGGCUGGACGAGGGUAAGCUGACGCACAGAUCGAGAGAGGAUCUGGUGCUUUGCUUGGGGAGUCUUGCAGGAAACUUUGUCGCAGGAGGCGUGAGGGCCGAUUUGUUGGUUGUGCAAGCCAAGGCUGCCGAGAAUACGUCGUAA